AUGACUGACAGACGACACAGGCAGAAACAGGACUCCCCUCCGGCUGGGAGGUACGGCACUCUAACUCUAAGAACCUCCCAUACUACUUCAACUCGAUCUCAAAGGAAUCACGAUGGGAGCCGCCAGCGAACACCGACACAGAGAACUGAUCGCUAUGGAGCCGGUGGUCGAGCCGAAGGCAAGAUCCGUGCAAGCCACCUGCUCAUCAAGCACCGUGAGAGCAGACGACCAAGCAGCUGGCGGGAGUCAGAGAUCACAAGGUCGAAGAGUGAGGCAAUUGAGAUAUUGCGUGGUCACCAGAAGCGUAUCGAGGCUGGUGAAGCUUCUUUGGGUGAUAUUGCAACCUCGGAGUCUGACUGCAGCAGUGCAAGGAAGAGGGGCGAUUUGGGAUUCUUUGGCCGAGGCGAGAUGCAGGCUGAGUUCGAGCAGGCUGCUUUUGCCUUGAAGGUCGGCCAAGUCAGUGAUAUCGUGGAGACGGCGUCAGGGGUUCACUUGAUCGAACGGUAUGCGACCCUUUUCGUGUCAUUGUACUCGUUGCUAACGGUUAUACAGCGUCCAAUAAUUUAUAUUUCUCUUGUCCCCUACAUGAACCCGUUCCAUCACUCUAUACAACAUCUUCCCUUACCACCAUACCUCAACCUUUUGACCUUCGUUUAA